AUGGUCAGCAGGGUUCAGCUUGUGCCCAUUGACUUGGAAACUACCGAAGAUCCCGUGCUCAAAAAGCUUUGUGACCCAGGACCUUACGCAAAUGAACUUGAGCCGGUGCCUGUUCCGGAGGAUGUCAAAAAUGUCGUGGCAACUCCAUAUAGUUCUGAAUCUGCUGCAAGCGUCACAGGUAUUUUGUCGACCAGGGAAAGCUGGGUGUCUGCAGUGUUAACGCCAUUUGCACCUAUAUCUACACAUGCUGGUGGCAAAGACCAAACAACACAGGAGAUGGAUAUGGAUCACCCACUUCAAAAUACGGUGGUAGAGCCCGUUGCAAGCAUAGUAGAGUUAUAUGGCGGGUAA